CGUACGCCAUGUUUUUGUUGUCGAUUUCUCUGGAAAAUUGACUUAUCCCUGACGUGUUCGUAUUUCUAUGGUUCGAUUAAUUCCAUCGAGAAUUUAUAUGUUUUCCUUGUGAAAUUUUAUCAGUUCAAGUCCAAACUUCGAGAGAACCUGAAGUGAAAGCUUACGGACGAUUUUUAGAUUCUAGAACAGUGAAUUUUCGUUGCGUGGUUAUUAUAUUGGAUUUUUACGUCUCAUCUCUUCAGAUCAGUGAAAUUAUUAUAAGGAAAUCCUAAAAGAACGGCCAGAAUCAUGGCAUCAGUGUUGAAUAUAAAUAGUUUCAUAAAUUCCUUCAAUAACAAGCUGGAAACCCCAGUUAAACAGCAUUUGAAAAAUGUUUAUGCUUGUUUGGCCAUGUCUACCCUGGCUGCUGGUGUAGGAGCAUCAGUACACCUCUUCACCAAUAUCCUUCAAGCAGGCUUACUCUCCGCCAUAGGAGCCCUGGUCUGCUUUUUCUUACUGAUAUCAACACCAGACGACAAUGGCAAAGGAAUGACCAAAAGAGUGGGAUACCUUCUUGGUUUUUCUGCUUUGAGUGGCGUUGGAAUGGGGCCCCUACUUGAGCAUGUCAUCCUAGUUGACCCAAGCAUUGUUGUUACCGCCUUUAUUGCUACAAGUGUAGUUUUCGUAUCAUUCACUCUUUGCGCCAUAUUCUCAGACAGAGGUAAAUGGUUGUACUUGGGUGGAAUUUUGUUCACCGUCCUGAACAGUUUGAUGCUCAUGAGCUUUGCAAACAUCUUCUUUGGUUCAACUUUAUUGUGGAAUGCGCAAGUUUACCUGGGACUGUUGGCCAUGUGCGGUUUCGUUUUGUAUGACACUCAAGCUAUAAUUGAGAAAAGGAGAAUGGGAAGCAAGGACUUUGUAGCCCACUCUUUGGAUUUGUUCAUUGAUGUACUUGGAAUUUUCAAGAGAUUGCUGAUCAUUUUGACUCAGAAGGAAGAAGACCAGAGGAAGAAGAGAAGAAACUGAUAACUGAAGACUUAUUAAUUUUGGUUUUGGAGGUUUUCAAUCAUACCUACUUAUUUCUAUUACAUGUAUUUAAAAUUGAGAAAAAUAAGUUAGCUUUAAAAUUGUUUGUGAAAAUGCAAUAAUAAAUAUUUUUCGAAAUUCCUCCCUUUAAUUUAGGUGUCCGAAUGAAUGCUUAUUGAAACAUGAAUCUUUCUUGGAUCUACAAAAAAUAUACAUAUAUACGCAAAUGCGUAAUGUAAUUAUGAUUUUUGUGCUGAAUUUUUUAAAAAAAUCAACAAAAUGAACCAAAAUAUUUAAAAUAUAUCUUGGGAGUUGUGAUUUUUUCAAAUUGAAAAUCUGUAGUUGUAUUUAUUAAUAAUUAUAAUCAUGUAGUGUGUAAGGUUUAUUUGGUUAAAUAAAUAUUAUUUUGUUUUGUA